AGGACAUUAUUUCAUUUUUUGGAUCAGAUGACACUGAAGGAUUACCAAAAACACAACGUGUCUUUCGAAAACAUCUAACAGAAAAGAUACUGAAUGACCUUCAUUGUCAUGGUAAAGUUCUGAUAACAUCAUCACCAUUUUCAGGAAAAACAGCAUUAGCACAAUUAGUGAGUUUGAUUGCUACCGAGAAAAAUCUUAAAGUUGUUGCUAUCUCAUUUGCUGGAUAUGUUGCAUAUAAAAAUACAAAGUUGAACUCUGGAUCUCAUAUAGAGAAAGAAAUCAAUAUUUUUUCAUCAUAUUUUAAAAAGAUGGUGUCAAUGGAAUGGACAGAUAUAAUUGCAAAUUCAGAAACUCUAUUAAUAAUUGAUGAUGCUCAUAAUAUAUUUCAUGUAGAGGAAUUUUGGUCAAUGUUCAAAGCUCAGUCAGUUCAAUCAGGCUUCCAAAAUAACAAUCUUUGUGGACUUCUUGCAACAUCUACAUAUGAUGUCCCAGCAAUCAGAUUGGGUAAUAUAUCUUCUCCAAGUUGCUUCACUGUUAAGUACUACUUUAAGGAUAUUGUUUUGGACUAUAGUGAAUAUAUAGAGUUAGUUAAUGAAUUUAGAAAGGAUUCAAAGGGUGACCACAAGGACUUGGCAUUGUCACAGACAUUUAUAGAUGCAGUAUGGAAUGCAACACAAGGACACAUAGGUUUAUGUCGUUUGGCAUUAAAUGAACUUACAAGGGCUCCCAAAAAUUGGGUAGGGGAUAUUGAAUUGCAACUAUCUCAAUUUAUUUUCAAUGGACAACUUACAAAACAAUUGGAAAAUUCCAGAGCAUUUGCAAAUAUAUCAAUCUUGAAAGAACUUACAGGAAUAAAUUUAAGUGAAUUACAGAAUAUUUUAAAGGAAGUUAUCCAAAAGGGUUAUGUGCCUUUAAAUGGUAUUAAUAGUAACUUCUUAAGUUCUCUUUUGAAAGUUGGGAUGUUUAAUGAAGAUGGAUUAAAUCUAUUUUUUAGUUGUCCUAUUGUUGAACAGUUUUACCGAAGAGAAUACAUCAAAAAUUUUAUCCAUCCAUCUCCAUGUCUCCUGCCAUCAUUAUCUCAAGUUGAACAAGAGGGUAUAACAGAAUUUGUGUACAAGGUGUUAGAGAAUUUUGAUGGAAGUUUGUUAAGAUCUACCUUUUCUAGGAGUGUAAAUGGGAGUUAUAUAGAAAGGAUUUAUCGGAAUGAAUUUUAUCGUAGUGCUUGGAUGAUUAUGCCAGCAAGAUUGAGUUCUGAUGUUGGUACUUACUUUGGUGUGAAAGGGGCAGUUGACUUUUACCUGAAUGAUCAAUUCAAAUGGGCUUUUGAACUUCUUAGGGAUGGGAAAAAGCUCAAAGAACAUUCUGAAAGAUUUCAACCUGGAAAAAGAUAUAGUGGAAUAGAGAUGAAUGAUUGGGCUGUUAUUGAUUUUUGCAUAAAAGGAUCAUCUGCUGCUUGGAAAAAUUUUCCACAAGAUAGUAAUCAUUACUGCCUUGUUAUAGAACAGGAUUCUUAUAAAGCUAUCUUAUACCAUAAUAACAAUAAUAAAUCUUUUGAUUUAAAGCAGUCAAAGUGGUAG